AUGAAGUCUUUCGCCUUCUCAGCUGCCCUUCUGGCAUCUACUGCCGUCGCUCUCCCGACUAGAGUCCUGUCCGCUCUCCCCUCAGGCAUUCCGUCUUGUCUGCCCUCCGGCAUCAUCCCCUCGGACAUCCCCCUUCCCAUUUUGUCCUUGAUCCCCACUUGCUCGGGUGCUACUCCCACCGCUACCCCGACCCCCAGCAAUGCCGUCUCUGGCAUGACCAGUGGUUCCUCCGGUGCCGGUCAGAUCUUGAGCGUCCUCAACCAGGCCGGUACCUCCCAGGUCGAGAUGCUGGCCGAGAACGAGCUCAAGAGCCUCCUGGGCAAGCUUCCCCUCAGCGUGCUCCAGCAGCCCGUGGGCCAGAUCCUUGAGACUGCCGAGAGCGUCGGACAGCUGAACGGUGGCAACGGCGCUGGUCUCGGCCAGAUCACCGCCGUCCUCGAGAACGGAAACUUCGCUCUCAUCCAGCUCACCCAGAAGGUCGUUGACCUGUUCGACAGCCUUGGUCUUGGUCAGGUCGGCAGCCUGCUCGGCUCCAUUGUUGGCGGUCUCGAGUCUGUCACUGGCUACGUCAAGCGCGACCCCAUCUCCGAUGCUCUCUCCAUCACUGACUUGAACGGUCUCGUUGGAGGCAAGGACCUCCUUGUUCAGAUUGAACCUACCGUCCUUGGACUCCUUGGCGGACUUGACCUCACCUCUCUCCAGGGUGGUCCCGUUGGCAACGUCGUUGCUACUGCCACCUCCCUCUCCGAUCUCAAGAACCAGGUCCCCCAGAUCCCCGGCGCUAGCUUCAUUGCCGUCCAUGCCGAGGACUUUGCCUCCGUCCUCCUUGUCCAGGUCGACUCUGCUGUCGACGGCCUUCUCUCCACCCUCGGCCUCGGUGGCCUUGGCACUGUCGUCGGCUCUGUUGUCCCCGCUGUCUAA